AUGUCCUCUGUCGCCGCCUUUCGACAAGCCGCGACGCCCGUCGCAAUCACUGUAGGAGCCGCGGUAGCCAGCUAUUUCCUCGCUGACACCUUCGCAGGCGGCUCCGAGCCUCAGUCGCAUCGCGGCAACGUCGCGUCAUCAAUGAGCGGCUGGUCGGCGAUAGAGUACCGUCGCAUGCCGAUCGCAGAGUACCUCAAGGUGCGUCGCAUGCCGAUCGCAGGUAUCUCGCCGAGCCAAUCCAUCCCGGCAGCAAAAUACGAGCCCCCAGACUGUAAUCUAAAAAAGUGGAUCUCUUUUUUACUUCUCCGCGUAUCCCUCCCUGCGCUCGUCACGGCCGCUCCACUGCAGAUUCUGAGCGGGUGGGAGGAGGUGAACGGAGUGGCGGACGACCGUUCGCAGCGCGCCUUGCUCAAACGACUCGCCGACGCGCCCUCCACCACCGCCGUCUGA